AUGAAAGAAACCGAUAUUUCUGAUGAAAAACCAGAUUACAUUGAAGAACUACCAGAAGAAAUAAAAAUCAUAGAAGAAAUCACGCCAGACGGAUUGAAAACAACAAAGAUCAAACAGAAAGUAUUGAGAAAACGAUCAAAAGAUAAACAAGAAACAACCACUAUAACUUCUGUAGAAAGGGAAGGUGAGGAACCAGAAACGCGCGUCAUAGUGGAAGAAAGUGAUAUUCCUAUUCAAACCAUAAAAGGAAUACCAAUAAAAUUGACAGAAGUAUUGAUCGAAGAACUACCAUCGGAAAUCAAAAUAUACGAAGAACCUACUACAGAUGGUCCACCGACUACGACAAUAAUUGAAAAACGUAAAAUACGGAAGCAACGCAAAGGAAAACAUGAUGAGAUCAUACAUAUCGAUACUAUCGAAGAAGAAAAUAAACAACCUCAUACCACUGUGGUUAUCGAAGAACUUGAUACAACUUACGAAGAUACCCCAUAUUUGGAACCAAGUUAUAUUGAAGAAAUGCCCGAAGAAGUGGUAGAACACACUCCUGGAGAUGAUACACAGUUGGUGAAGAAAAGGGUGAUAAAAAGGCGUAAAGGAAGCCGGGAGGAAACAACCCAGAUUUUCACUUUCCAACAAGAAGGAAGAGAGCCCCAAACAAGCGUAGUGAUAGAAGAAAUAGAAGUCGCAGAAGAAAGUUUGUCACCCAUGAAAGAAUCGGUAUAUCGUCCCAUAGAAGAAUUACCUGAAGAAGUUCUCAUCAUACCAGCUGAACAAGAAGAAGGUAAACCCGAAAGGAAGAUUAGAAAACGAAUUCUCAAGAAACCCAAAGGGAAAAAAGAGGAAAUUAUACAGAUUGAAAUUAUCGAGGAAGAAGGAAAAGUUCAACAGACAAGCAUUUCUAUAGAUGAAAGUGAUGAAACUCAACCUUCAAACGAAAAACCGAAGAGAAAGUUGGAUGAUGAACAGGUGAAAGAAAUGACUGAUAAACCUCAAGUUGGGAAACUGAGACGAGAGUUAUCUGUUCUCAUGCCAAUUGAAAAGAAAGAAAUCAAAUCUCAGCAAAUUAAAGUUGUGGAAAGUACAUCAAUACCACAACUCGCGGAAAUAAAAUUGAAAAAGCCAAAAAUAGUUCAGAAAAAGGAAGAAAAAGGUAAACUUCCGAAAUUCUUACUAAAAAGUAGAAUAAAUCGUAUUGAUUUCCCGCCAAAAACAGAAAAUGAACAGAUUCCAAAAAUAUCACAACUUGAACCAAUUUAUAGAGAAAAUGGGGUAUUAUCAAGGAAUGUGCAAGAAGCUAAACAAGUUCCAAAAACGAAAAAACGAAGACUGCGUGACAAAGAUAUAGAUUUGACAGAUUUAGAAAAAUUAGACCUGGAAUUGGAAGAAAUUAAGAAAAAAGAACUAGAGAAAGUCGCUGAUGAAUUCAAAUUUGAGAAAAAACCUAAAGAUAAGUUGCCAGAUGGAGAGAAGGCCAAAAAACUAAUCAUCAAGAAAGGAAAACUGCCAGAAAAGCCAGGUGACGGUGAACAGGUGAAAUUGAAGCCAAUUCCUGACAAAAAGCCUGACAUUUUAGAAAAUGAUGAACUGAUCAAAGAUGACAUCGUCCCGAUAGCUGAUAAAAAAAUUAAAGAUGAAAGGAAGAAGUUAGAUGAAAAAAUUGAAUUUUCGCCACAUGAUAUCGAUAGAGAAUCUCCUGAGAAACAAGAAUAUGAACCAAUUCUGACAGAGCAGAUAAAAGAUGACAAAUCUAAACCAGAGAAAAAGAAAUUGGAUAAAAAAGGCAAGAAGACGCCUGCGCCAGAAACUGAAGAAAUAACUCUCGUAAAAGGUAUACCUAAACCAACUGAUAAAGAUGGAGAAUCAGAAUUGAAACUGAGGUAUAAACAAAAACCGAAGGAAGAGGAGACACCAGAUGAUAUCACACUCAAACCUUUCAGAAAAACUGAUGAAAGCAAAGUAUAUACUACUGAAGAAAUAACACUGAAAUCUGCAGAAUUUCCUACAGUCAUUGAAGAAUCGGAAAUACCUUAUAUUCGUGAUGAAAUACCUGAAAUGGAGGAAAAACCAGCGAAGAAGAAGAAAGUAGUGAAGAAAAUCAAACCAGAAGAAAACAUUUCAGAUGACCUUACUCCUUCGUUAGUGACAGCCACUGAUGUACCCGAACUAGUAGAAGAACUCCCUGAACAUAUUCAAAUCAUUGAAUCAGAAGACGGAAUGACUUCAGAAAUAGUGAGGAGGAGGAUUAUAAAGAAGAAGAAGGAUGGAAGAAUAGGAGUUACGGAGAUUCGAACAGUGACAAAAGAAGGUCAAAUACCGGAAACGACUGUUCAAGAAUUCGAGCUCACAGAAAAUCAGACUAUCGAAGAGUUCGGAAAGGAACCUCUCAUAUCCACAGUCGUAGAAGAGACGCCAGAAGAUAUUCAAGUAAUUGAAACAAAUACAGAUGAAGGACCAAAGAGGACCGUUGUUAAGAAAAGAGUUGUCAAGAAACAGAGAGGGAAAAAGCUGGAAACUACGGAGAUAAUAACGAGAGAGGAAGAAGGAAAACUUCCAGAAACAUCCGUUGUUAUAAAUGAAACGGAUGUUGUUGAAAAAGAACCUAUCUACAUUGAGGAACUCCCAGAAGAAAUACAAUUGAUAGAAGAAAAGACAAAAGACGGUGUGAAGAAAACGGAAGUAAAGAAGAAAGUAUUGAGAAAACAGACAAGAGGAAAACAGGAAAUCAUAACUUUCAUCACUGUUGAAGAAGAAGGAAAAGAACCUCAAACCACAGUGGUGGUUGAAGAUAUUGAUGUUUCUGUUCACGAACCGUCAGUGAUCAAACCAGAACAAGUUAUUGAAGAGCUUCCUUCCGAAAUUUUGAUAAGUGAAGAACCAUCUGAGGAUGGCCACACGAUCAGAAAAGUCACACAGAAACGAAAGCUGAGGAAACACAAGGAGAAGCAUGAUGAGAUUAUUAACAUUGUCACAGUCGAAGAGGACAACAGAGCACCUCAGACAACCGUUACUAUCGAAGAAUUAGAAGCCACUGAAGAAACUGAUGUUCUUGGACCAACAUUCAUAGAAGAAAUGCCCGAAGAUGUUAAGGUGAUCGAAACAAUUCCGACAGAAGGUGAACCUACGAAACGGUUGGUGAAGAAUAAGAUUAUCAAGAGGAGAAAGGGUAGCGUACAGGAAACGACUCAAAUCCAUACUAUUGAAGAAGAUGGAAAAGAGCCCCAAACAACUGUCACUGUAGAAGUUAGAGACAUUGAAGAAGAUGAUAAGAUAACAGCCAAAGAAUCAGUAUACUGUCCUAUUGAAGAAAUGCCUGAAGAAAUUGUUGUGAUACCUGCAGAUGAAGAUGAAGGAAAACCAGAAAGAAAACUGAGGAGACGAAUCAUCAAGAAACCGAAAGGGAAUACAGAAGAAAUAAUAGAAAUCAAGAUCAUUGAAGAAGAGGGAAAACCUCCAGAAAAAAGUAUUUUAAUAAGAGAAGUUGAAGAGACUCGUGGUAAACCAAAGAAGAAAAAGCCGAAAAAGGAUGAAGUAUCCAAACCGGCUGAGUCAGGCAAGUUGAGAAGGGAAAUAUCGGUUCUGAUGCCUAUUGAGAAAAAGGAAACCAAAGUCCAAAAACUGAAAAUCGUUGACAGCCAAUCGAUUCCAUUACUUGCGGACGUGAAGUUGCGAAAGCCCAAGGUAUCCCAGAAAAAAGAUGAAAAAGUUAAACUCCCCAAGUUUCUACUGAAAAGUAGAAUAAAUCGCAUUGAUUUCCCACCAAUAUCGGAACUCGAACAAUUACCAAGAAUUUCACUACUCGAACCUGUAUACAGAGAUAAUGGAGUAUUAUCUCGAAACGUGAAAGAAGCUCAGAAAAUACCAAGAACAAAAAAGCGUAGGCUCAGAGACAAAGAUAUCGAUUUGAAAGAAUUGGAGAAAUUGGACUUGGAAUUUGAUGAUCUUAAGAAGAAAGAAUUGGAAAAAGUAGACGAUGAAUUCAAAACUAUCAAGAAACCCAAGGAAAAGGUAUCAGAAGAAGAGGAACCAAAAAAACUAAUUAUCAAGAAGGGAAAACUACCGGAGGAACCCAUCGAUGUUGACCAAUUGAAAUUAAAGCCGGUUCCGGUCAAAAAAACGGAAGAUCAUGAAUCAGAUGAAACUAUCAGGAAUAGAAACAUCCCAGAACCUGAAAAAAUAAUUGAACUUGAAGAAGAAAUGCCAAGGGAUAAAAUUGAGUUCACACCAUACGAUACUGAUAGGGAGAUCUCAGAUAAAAUUCAUUAUGAACCAAUUCCUCUUGACAAAGAUGAUGAAUCAAAACCAGAGAAAGGAGAAAAGAAAUUUGUCAAAAAACCAAAACAGAAACCAGUACCGGAAACAGAUGAAAGUAUUCUCAUCAAAGGUAUACCUAAGCCGAAAGGGGAAGAAGAUAUACCAGAAAUGAACCUCAAAUACAAGCAGAAACCUAAAAAGGAUGAAAUACCUGAAGAUAUCAAGCUAAAACCUUUCAAAAAAGAUCAACAGGAUGAGGUUUUCAUUACUGAGGAAGUAACACUGAAAUCUGCAGAAAUUCCGAAAGUUAUCGAAGAUAAGAAAAUAGGAGAAACAGAUAGGGAAAUGCCAAAAAUUGAGGAACCGGUUAAAAAGAAGAAAAUCAUAAGGAAAAUCAAACCGAAGGGCAAGGAAUCUGAUGAACGCACUCCUUCAGAAAAAAUAGAAGAAAAGAUCGAAAUAGAAAUUCCAGACGUAACGGAGACAGUCACUGACCGUGAAAUCACAGAUGAAAAAUCAACAGAUCAAUUGACAUUCGGACAAAUUAUCCAAGAAGAGCCAGAAGAAAUCAUUGAUGAAUUGGAAGAAAUUGUUCCUGAAACUGGAGAAUCUGAUGAAAAACAAAUAGAAGAAACGAUUGUAAAGAAAUCAAAGAAAAAGACCACGAUAAAGAGGAAGAAAACACCCCAAGACGUAGAAGCAGAACCAAUUGAAGAGUUAACAGAAAUAGUGGAAAUUGAGAAAAAAGUAAAGCUCAAGCCAAAACUGAUGAAUGCAGACAAAAAACCAUCAACAUGGCAACAAGCAGUGGUUACUCCUAUGGAAAAACCUAUCAAGCUUGCUGAUAUCAAAUUGAAAAAGCCAAAAGUACCUAUGGUAAAGAAAGAUAUUCAACCUACUAAAGUAACCAAAUUCUUGCUGAAAAGCCGAAUUGUCCCUGUUCCCUUCCCGCCGUCAGGAGAGACAUGCCAAAGUCUUAUAAUAAAAGAGCUUCCAGCAGUUUAUAGAGAUAAUGGAGUGAUUUCGAGGAAUAUCAAAGAAGCUGAGAAGGCUCCGAAGAAAAAACGUAUACGUAUUCACGAUGUUGAACAAGAGCUGAAGGAUCUCGAGAAAUUAGACUCUGAAAUUGAGGAACUGAAACGAAGAGAACUUGAGAAAGUUGACGAUGAAUAUAAAACCCCCAAACGGCCCAAGGAAAAAGUAGAAGAAACUGAGGAUAAACAGAAACUCCAAAUCGGACGUGGAAAGAUUCCUAAAGGGGAAGGAGAACAAGAAGAAAUAAAACUUAAGAAAGUAAUUGAAAAGAAACAAAAACCGACACCAUCUGAAGCAAAGAAAGACAAGAAGUCUCCAGAAACAAGUGAAUCUAGUAAACCAGAUGAAGCUGAAUCGUCAACUGAGUUAGCACCCUUUGUAUCAGAGGACAUAGAUGAUAUUUCCAAACCAGAGCUAGAAGAAUAUAAGCCAACAGAAUUCAUUGCUGAUGAAGUUGAGGUGAAAGAUAAAGAACCACAGAAAAAGAAAGUUACUAAGAAGAAACAUGAACCAGACACUACGGUCACCAAAUUGGAGAAAGGCAUUCCAAAGCAACAAGAAGAAACUGAAGAUACACCAACAAAGUUUGGCUAUGAACAAAAAGAGAGAACAGAAGGAGUUCCAGAAGAAAUCACAUUGAAACCGUUCAAAAAAUCUGAUGAACCUGGAGAUAUGAAAGCAGAGCAAGUAGAUGUCGAAACAGGAGAAGCUGUCGUUAUUAAAGAUACUGAAAUCAAAGUAGUGAAAAAGAAGGUCACUAAACGUAAAAAAGUACCUGAAAUCAAACCAGACGAACAACCUGAUAUAGCACCUGAAAGUCAACUAGUUGAAGAAUCCAGGAUUCAAGAGCUAGAACCAGAAGAAAGCAACGAAGCCGAUAUUUUGAUAGAAGAAAAAGCUGAGGAUCGGGUAGAUCUUCCUUCAGAAACUGGGUCAAUUACGGAAAUACAGCUUUCAGAAGACAGUAAAGUCAUUGAUGAUACCAAGGUGACUGUUACUGAAGAGAAGAAAGUACGUAAAAUCAAACUGAAGAAACCAAAAACAGCAGCGUCGGAAGAAAAAAUUGAAGACGUUCCAAUAUCGGCCAAGAAGCCUAUUCUUAUGGAGAUAAAACGCAUUCCAGCUAAAACACCACUGAAACCUGUCAUAACUGAGAAUAUCCCAGAAUUCGCUGAAAUAAAACUGAGGAAACCAAAAAUGGUACCAAAAAAAGAUAUUCCUGAGAAAAAGUUACCAAAAGUUUUAUUGAAGAGCAGAAUCAAUUAUAUGGAUUUUCCCCCAUUGUCAGAAAUCGAGAAGAAGGCAAUAAUUACUGAAUUAGAACCUGUAUAUAGGGAUAAUGGAAUGUUAUCUAGGAAUAUACAAGAGGCAGAGAAUGUCCAGCCAAAACGAAAGAAGAUAGUGAAGAGAAUAAAAGAACUCGAGGUAUUGGACAAAGAAUUCGAAGAUCUGAAGAAAGAACCCGAAAAAGUCGACAGUCAAUAUAGAAAAAGGCCACAAAGAUCUAAAACGGAAAAGCCAGUUUUAAUGAAGAUAGUGAGAGUGGAAGUUGUUGCACAAAAACCCAAAAUUGUUGAAAUUAUAUCUGAAAAGGUCAAUUUCGCCGAUAUAAAACUGAAGAGAGCGAAAGUGACUGACAAGAUACCAGAAGUAAGUAAACUUCCAAAACCAAAACUGAAGAGUAGAAUCAUCUUCGUCGAUUUCCCACCAAUAAUGGAGCUAUUACAAAAAUUGAAAAUCACUCUUCUACAAACAAUCAAGGACAAAGGUGUGUUGUCUCGAAAUAUUCAAGAAGCUGAAAAACUCAAAAAACCUAAGCAGAGAAAAAUCAAAGAGGACACAUACGAGCAACCAGAACUUGAGAAAGUUGAGAAAUAUGAGGAAGCUGCUGAAAAACCAGAAUCUGAGAUUGAGGAAGAAGUUAUAAUGUAUCAAAAGGCACCAAAACAAAUUCCAGUAGACACUGAAGAAGUUCACCAAAUCAAAAUUGGAAAGGGUCAACGGAAAGAACCAGAAGAAGAAGUACAGGAAACAGUGACACUCAAGAAGAAACCUCAGAAACGAAUCGAAGAAAAACAAGAGGAAACAGUGAAACUCAAGCCAAAAUUAGAAGGACAGCUUGCGCCAAGUGACAUAGUCCCUAAAGAAGUCGGAGACAAAAUCAAAUUCGAACCGUUCGAUAUACCGCGUGACGAACCAGACAGAUUAAAGUAUUCUCCUCCGGAAAGUGAUGAAGAAGAUAAAGGUGAGAAACCAAAAUCAAAAACAAAAUACAUCAAGAAGAAGAAGCAAAAGCCUGCUCCAGAAGUCGAAGAAGUAACUCUAGUGAAGGGUGUACCAAAGAAGCCUGAACCAGAAGAGGCACCAGAUGUGAAAUUCAGGAUUCCAAAGAAGGACAAGCCUGAAGAUGAACCUGAAGAAAUAAAAUUGAAGCCCUUCAAGAAGAGCGAUGACAAAGAUGAAAUGAAAACUGAAUCUGCGGAACCUGACAAACCAUCACAAAAAGUAUCGGAUAUUAAGGAGGAUGCAGAUGACAUCAAGCUAGGAUUAGAAAAACCAGAAGGAAAGAAAACGAAAAAAAUCAAAAAGAAGAAACCUGUUGAAGAUGACACUCCUGAAGAAGAAAAACCAUCAGAAUCGAAAUUGGAAGAUAAUCAAAAAAUUACUGAAGUAUCUACUGAUGGAAAUUAUCAAUCAGACAUAAUCGAUAGACCCAAAGAUAUACCUGAGCCUAUGAAAGAUGAAAUACCGAGGUCUGAAGAGAAGAAGACAACACCAGAAGAUGAAGUUGAAAAAUCUGAGGAAAUCAAAACUUCCCCUGAAAUCUUGCCUACUGCUGAAAAUGUUGCAGAAAAAAUAGUAAAGAAAGCUAAAAUUCCACUGAAACCAAAAGGGGACAUCAAAUUGCCCAAAUUCAAACUGAAGAGUAGAAUAAACCAUGUUGUGUUUCCACCAUUUACCGAAAUUCUACAGAAGCCUCGAAUAACUGAUUUGAAUACGAUAAGAGGCAGCGGUGUUAUUUCUAGAAACAUCAAGGAUGCUGAGAAGUUACCGAAAACCAAGCGAAGAAAACUGAAAGAUGUGGAUAAAGACCUCGAAAAUUUAGAAAAAUUGGAUUUAGAGUUCGAUGAACUCAAGAAAUCUAAACCUGAUAAGGUAGACGAGGCAUUUAAAUAUGAACGGAUACCAAAGGAGAAGCCAGAGCCUGAGGAGACGACACUACCUUUGAAAAUUGGUAAAGGAAAAGUACCACAACCGGAAGAGGAUGAAGAAGUAGUUUUAUUGAAACAAAGGCCAUUUGAAGACGAAAAGCACAUCGAAGAAACUGUGAAAGAAGUCCCAUUGAUUAUGGAUGAAGCAAAGUUAACAGAAAAAGGUGACAAAAUAGAAGAACAACUCCCAUCGAUAAAGGUACCGGUAGACGAAAAAGAAGAAAAAGCUUCGGAGGCAAAAAAGAAAAAAAUCAAGAUACCAGCCGAGGUACUUGAAAACGACGAAGAGAAAACAAUUAUAACACUCAAAAAACCUAAAAAGAAAUCCAUGUCAGAAGAUGAAGAUGAUGCUGGAAUAACUUUAAAGAAACCAGUAGAAACAGAAGACGUUGUAAAGUCGCAACCAGAAGAUGAUGUCACUAUAAUAGUCAAGAAGAAGAAGCCUCAAAUUGAUGAUGAAGGUGGAGCCGAAAUAACAAUCAAGAAAACUGAAGAAGUGAAAGAUGUUACCUCACCUCCAACAGAGGAAGUGACAGUAAAGAGUAAAAAGGUCAAAAAGAAACCAAAACUCGAUGAUAAAAGUACUGCUGAUAUCACAGUUGAGAAACCUGUCGAAGUUGAAGACAAAAUAGAACCGCCAGCAGACGAAGAAAUCAUCAUCAAGAAGAAGGAAGAAGAUAAACCGAAACCUGAUGAUGAAAACCCAGAAGAAGUGGUAGAAGUUGGUGAGAUAGUUUUGGAUCAUGAAAAAAUGCCUGAAAAAAUACAUGUGCAGUCACCGACAGGGGAAGACGUUACCAUUACAAUUGAAAGAGUGGAAAUGGAUCAACCUACCAAGAAACCUGAAGUGAUCGAGGAUGUUAUUAAACACACAACAGAGGAUGAAACUGUCGUAACUGUUAAGAAACCUAAGAAACCCAAGAAACAAAAGCCAGAGGAUGAAGGUGAGGCUGAAAUGACUUUAAAGAAACACAAGGUUCAAGAUGUAAUCAAAGUGCCCUCAGAAGAUGAAGCUACUAUAACUGUGGAGAAACCCAAAAAGAAAUCGAGACAGGAUGAUGAGAUUAAGGCCGAAAUAAUUAUCAAGAAACCCGAUGAAUUACAAGAUGCUAUUGAACCGUCAACAGAAGUAGAAACCACCAUAACAAUUAAGAAAAACGAGAAGAAACCAACACCUGAAGAUGACGAAGAGACAGCAAUCACGAUUAAGAAACAAGAAGAAGUGGAAGACGUGAUAAAACCACCUUCAGAGGAAGAAACUACUAUUAGUAUGAAGAAACCAAAAAAGAAACCACACACAGAGGAUGAGGGUGAGGCUGAUUUGAAUGUCAGAAAAUACGAAGUAGAAGACGUACUACCAGAACAAGACACUACCAUUCCUGUUGAGAAAGACGAACACAAACCAGAAGAUAAGAUUGAGGCUGAAAUCACGAUCAAGAAACAUAAAGAAGUGGAAGACAGUAUCCAACUGCCCUCAGAAGAAGAAGCUACAAUAAGAGUUGAAAGACCCAAGAAGAAACCACAACCGGAAGAAGAGAGCGAAGCUGAAAUAACUGUCAAGAAAUACGAAAUAGAAGACGUGAUAGAACCUUCAAGUGAAGAAGAUGCUACCAUCCAUCUUAAAAAACGUGAUGAGAAACCACAUGAAGAAGAUGAGGUCGAUGUUGAAAUCUCGAUUAAGAAACACGAAGAAGUGGAAGACGUGUUCCAACUUCCACCAGAAGAGCAUGCUACUAUAACUGUUAAGAAACCAAAAAAGAAACCACAACCAGAAGACGAGGGUGGAGCAGAACUAUCUGUCAAGAAAUACGAAGAUGAAGCGAUAGAACCUCCAACAGAAGAAGAAACUACAGUUUCUGUCAAGAAACGCGAUAAGAGACCAGGACCAGAAGAUGGGGUCGAGGCGGAAAUUACAAUCAAGAAACAUGAAGAAAUAGAAGGAGAAUUCAAAACACCCUCAGAUGAAUCAGCUACUAUAACCAUGAAGAAACCCAAGAAAAAACGAAAGCCUAAAAAGGAAGAUGAAGCUGAGAUAACUGUGAAAAAAUACGAAGUAGGAGACGUAACGGAAACUCCAACAAAAGAAGAAAAUACCAUUCCCUUCGAAGGAGCGGAGAAACUAGAGCCAGAAAUUGAAGUUGAGGCUGAAAUUGAAAUCGAGAAAUCAGAAAAAAUAGAAGAUAUCAUUAGAGGGUUGCCAGAGGAAGAAACAGCUAUAACUAUCAAGAAACCCAAGAAGAAACCACCAACUGAAGAUGAGGGGGAAGCCGAAAUUACUGUCAAGAAAUAUGAAGAAGUCGAAGACGUAAUGAAGCCCCCAUCAGAAGAAGAAGCAACCAUAAGUAUUGGAAGACCGAAGAAACAAGUACAACCUGAAGAUGAAGAAGAGGCCGAAAUAACAAUAAAGAAACAAGAAGUAGAAGACUUGAUUGAACCUCUGCCAGAGGAAGAUGCUACUAUAACUGUUAAAAAAUCCAAGAAGAAACCAAAGACAAUAGAUGAUGGUGAUGCCGAAAUCACAGUUAAGAAAAUUGAAGUUGUGAAGCAGCCUUCGGAAGAUUCAGAAGAGAGCGAAGGAGUAUUCAAAUUGAAAAAACCAGAGAAACCAGGUGAGCCUCUGGAUACUGAGUCUGAAUUCAAAAUCAAGGGUGAAGACAAGCCUGAAGAGGAUGCAGUCCAGAUGGUUAUCAAGAAACCUUCCAUAAGAAAACCAUCCAUUGAAGAGUUUUCUGAGGAAAUAACGGUAAAAAAACUGAAACCAGUGAGGAAAACUUCGAAACCAGAGAUCCCUGAGGUAACUGAAGUGGAAACUGUAACAUUCAGACCAAGAGUUACAAAAACAAAAGAAGAUGUUGAACAAGAAUUCAAAAUUUCUCUUGAUUCAUACGCUGAAGAAGAAAUAAAUCUCUCUACAAGAGUAAAACUGAAGAAAAAGAAGCCGCUGACGUAUUCUGAGGAAGCUGCAGAAGAUACUGUCAAAGUUACCCAAGAAAUUGAAGAUGAUGGUCCAACUAUCGAAGAAAUCGUGGACGAAGGAAGUGAUGCAGAAGAAAUACCACUAGAAGACGAUGACAUAUCAGAAAGUUUCCAUGUAGCAUUCAAACGCAGACCAUCCCGUAAAUAUUCAAUCGUUGAAGAAAAUGAGGAAGAAGUAAGUUUGAAGACUCCAGUAAAACAAGAUGAUUAUGAAGAAGAAUCUAUCACUGUCAAACCGAAACGGAAGGAAUCCGUCACUUUUGAUCAAGUGGAAGCUGUCACACUAAGUAUCACCAAAGAAAAGGAAAUUGUCGAGGAAGUCGUUCACGAAGAAACAGUAGAAGAAGGUGACGUUUUCUAUUCAAUCACAGCCUAUGAAGCAGAAGCAGGCCAAGCUAUUGACAUGGUGGAGGGUGAGAAAGUUUACGUUAUAGAUACCCCAGAUGCCGACUGGUGGUUUGUGAAGAAACAUCUCACUGAAGAGAGUGGAUGGGUCCCUGCCAAAAUUCUCAUGAGUGAACCGCAAUAUACCAGAUAUGUACAGAAGAAGCUCAAUGAGAAAAUCGACAAACUACCAGUAUUUGAUAAACAAAACCAGCAUGAGAAAGCAACCGCUCCCAAAUUUGUCAAAAAACUCAAACCAAUACUCACUCCAGAUGGUUACACAGUUCAGUUCGAAUGCCAAGUGGAAGGUUUCCCAAGACCCAAGAUAACGUGGUUCAGGCAAACCCACAUCAUCAAAUCUUCUAUGGAUUUCAAGAUGUACUACAAUGAAGAUAACGUUGCGACUCUCAUAAUCAAAGAAGUGUUCCCAGAAGAUGCAGGAACUUUCACUUGUGUGGCGAAGAACUCUGCGGGAUUCGCUUCCAGCACAACAGAAUUGAUAGUGGAGCAUCCGUUAUCAUCUCACGGAUCCGAUAUGACGUACGUUUCGAGAAAGAGUUUAUCUCGUACAUCUUCUUUGGCAGAUAUGCUCGAAGGAAUGCCACCUACUUUCGCCAAUGAACCCAAACCACUGUGUGUUCCCGAAGGAACUGAUGUUGUAGUGGAAGGUACCAUGGUGGCUAUACCAGAACCUGAGAUUAAGUGGUACUGCAAUGGAAAGCGAGUAUCGGCGAAGGGUAAUGUCACAAUUGUCUCUAGCUCAGAAACUUACACAUAUAGGACAAUAUUGAAAAUCAAGAAGGUAUUGAAGAAACAAGAAGGUCGCUACAAAAUCGUGGCCAAGAAUAGGGAAGGUGAGGCUUCGGUAGAAUUUACACUUAGGGUUAUCACAGAUGACCAACAACCUCCGGAAAUAUUGGAACCACUGAGGUCUAUUACCAUCAAGAAAUCGGAGAAAGUAACUUUGAGCACUACCAUUUUCGGUAAUCCAAAACCGAGUAUUGAAUGGUUCAAAAAUGGUAAACCGAUUAAACCUUCGGAACAAGAGGAUGAUGGAAAUACCUAUAGAUUCACAAUAAGAAGCGCCAAACUUGAUGAUUCUGCUGAAUAUACCGUCAAAGCGAAGAACUCUUUGGGUUCUGCUGAAACAAAUGCACAUUUGACGGUUGAAGAAUUCCCUGAAAAUGAAGAACCGCCUAUGUUUGUCAAACGAUUCGAAGAGCAAAACAUUCCAGCAAAGAGUCCCUUGGUUCUCAAAGCCAGAGUUAUUGGAAACCCCAUUCCCGAAGUAUCCUGGUUACGCAACAACGAACCUCUGGAACCCUCUGAAAGAGUUAAAAUUAUAUACGAUGGGGAAAAUGUCGAACUGUCCAUCAAAGAAACGGAUUCAGAACUGGACAGUGGCGAUUACAAAUGCGUCGCCAUCAAUUCCGUAGGAAAAGCAUCACAUGGUGCAAAGAUUUCCAUCGAAGUUGACACCGUUAAAUUCACGAAAACGCUCAGAGAAGUCUACGAAACGCUAGAACGCGAAACCAUUGAGCUCGAAUGUGAAACUUCCCACUCUGUGAGAACUAAAUGGUGGUACAAUAACACCGAGAUCAGUGGAAUGGACCACAGAGUAGUGGUUCAAGAUGGCAGAACGCAUAAACUGAUUAUCAAGAACGUAUCAAAGAACGACGAAGGCAAAUAUAAGUGUUCAGUCAAGAACCAGAAGACUGAAACGCGAGUGGAAGUUGAACAGCGUAAAGUGGAGUUUGUAAGGAGGCUUCAGGACCUAGAAAUCACCGAAAAAGAUACUGCAAUUCUGGAAGUCGAAAUCACUUCAGAUACUGCAGAUGUGACUUGGCUCAAAGACGGACAAAUUCUAGACGAUUCUAGUGAUAAAUUCGAUAUUGAAAAACUCGGUGGUGUUAGAAAACUGUUGAUUCGUACCACCUCAAUCCAUGACGAAGGUGAAUACAGCUGUACAUUAGUCGAAGAUGAAUGUAAGGCUGAUGUUACAGUAAUCGAACUGCCUCCGGAGAUUAUAACACCGCUCCAAGAUAAAACCGUGAACAAGGGUGAUAAAACGGUGUUCGAGAUAGAGCUGUCCAAAGGUGACGCUCUGGCAAGAUGGUACAAAGAUGGCAAAGAGAUUCAGUUCUCAGAACAUAUUCAGCUUUCCAUUGAUGGUAAAGUGCAAAAGUUGAAGAUCUACCAGACCGAACCUGAAGAUGAGGGCGUAUUUUCAUGCGAGGUUGGCACUCAGUCUUCGAAGGCCAGACUGACCGUAGAAGUCCCCACAUGCAUCUUCAUAAGACCAUUACCCGAAUACACUAUUGUUCCGAUUAACACCAACGCGGAGUUUGAGGUAGAACUUUCUAAGGAAGACGUCGAGGUGACAUGGUAUAGACAGAAUGAACGCAUUAAAAAAUCAUCGAGAUACACAAUGUAUGAAGAACGUAGGAUCCGACGGCUUGUGGUUCAGAAAACUACGUUUGAAGAUGAAUUUGAGUACAGUUGUACGGUUGAAAAACAUCAACUGAAGACUACAUCGAAAUUGAAAAUUGGAGAUAAACCAUCUCCACCAAGAGGUCCUCUGGAAAUAUCUGGCAUGUCUGACACAUCGUUCACGAUCACGUGGCAAGCGUCAGAAAGCGACGGUGGCUCUCCUAUCAUCGAGUACAUAGUCGAGAUGAAGGAAGCCAAAACGAAGAACGUCUUCAAGAAAAUCGGAGCGACCAAGGAGGGCGCCACUAACAUUGCAGUCAACUACUUGGAAAAGGGUCAUGGCUACAAAUUCCGAAUAACUGCUAGGAAUGCCAUUGGAAUAAGUGACCCGUAUUUACCAGAAGAUGCUAUUGUAGCUGGUUCCAGAAUGAGUAAAUAUUUUUAUCAACUGAAUCUAACCAAUCCGAAUAAUCAUUAUAGUAUUUAG